AUGUAUGGAGCAGAGACACAUGGAGGGUCCAUGUAUGGAGCAGAGACACAUGGAGGGUCCAUGUAUGGAGCAGAGACACAUGGAGGGUCCAUGUAUGGAGCAGAGACACAUGGAGGGUCCAUGUAUGGAGCAGAGACACAUGGAGGGUCCAUGUAUGGAGCAGAGACACAUGGAGGGUCCAUGUAUGGAGCAGAGACACAUGGAGGGUCCAUGUAUGGAGCAGAGACACAUGGAGCAGCUGGGAUGGGAGAUGGGCGGCAAGGGGACAUGGGCGGCAAGGGGAGAUGGUCGGCAUGGGGAGAUGGGCGGCAAGGGGAGAUGGGCGGCAAGGGGAGAUGGGCGGCAAGGGGAGAUAACCAACAGGGGAGAUGGAGGGCACUGGCAUCAUGCACCGCUCAUUCCCACUGCGCCUCUCAUUCUCCCAUUGCACCGCUCAUUCUCACGAUGCACCGCUCAUUCCCACUGCACCCCUCCUUCUCCCACUGCAACGCUCAUUCUCCCACUGCACCGCUCAUUCCCACUGCACCCCUCAUUCUCCCACUGCACCCCUCAUUCUCCCACUGCACCCCUCAUUCUCCCACUGCACUGCUCAUUCUCCCACUGCACCCCUCAUUCUCCCACUGCACCGCUCAUUCCCACUGCACCCCUCAUUCUCCCACUGCACCGCUCAUUCCCACUGCACCCCUCAUUCUCCCACUGCACCCCUCAUUCUCCCACUGCACCCCUCAUUCUCCCACUGCACCCCUCAUUCUCCCACUGCACCGCUCAUUCUCCCACUGCACCCCUCAUUCUCCCACUGCACCGCUCAUUCUCCCACUGCACCUGUAA